AUGGCGGAAGCAGCGGCGCAGGCAGCCAUCGCUGCCGCCCUCGAGCCGACGGGCGCUAUCAUGACAGCGAUCACUGCCGAGAUCACGAAGGCGUUCAAUCAAGGGGAGGUCGGCGAUCUCGCCAUCACAGCCGGCGCCACUGCUGCUGCCAACACGCACUCGGUGCCCGCUGUGGUUACGGCUCUCAAGGACCCGGCUUCUGAACUGAGCAAAGCUGUGCAGGCCGAGUGCGAGCGGCGGGCGGACGCGGCCUUUCCGUACAGGGCCCGUCUGCGCCAGCUUUCGGUCGCCGAGUGGGAAGCUGCUUGGCGCGACCUCGUGGUGGAUGCGGACCACCUCGCGUCCACCUUGAAAGCUGCCGAGCAGAAUCCCGCGCUUGCUAACAUCUGGGCGCUGUCCGCCGCCAACCCAGGCAACGCCGAGUUGGCCGAGCUCAAGCGGGCUUCCACGGUGCGCUAUGCCGCCAAGUUGCGGUGGAAAAGCUUGUGUUUCCCGGAGCAAGGCGGCUCUUGGGACCGGUUGAAGAACUACCUUACGGAGAAGGCGGAUGCUCCGAUCGACAAUGUGAAGGCGCUCGCCCGGUCGCUCCUUGUCCUCCUCAACUUGACGGAGCGCCGCUGCACAGUCGUGCAGUCGGCCAACCGCACGGGCCCAGAGAAAGCGGCUUCUCAAAAGACCGCUCUUCUCCCAUUGAUGUACCAUACGAUCAAGCAGUACAAGAAGCGCACCACGAAGGCCACCGCAUCAGUGCCCCUGGAGCACGAGAUCCUGCUGCGCGAUUUCGCCCAGGACCUCAUCUUGGGCGAGGCGGCGCUGGUGACUAGCCUGGCUACCAAAAGGUCCUUCGACAUCUCGGAGCUGUCGUCCGGCCAGGGGCUGUUCGAGGAAGAGGGGCAGCCGGCGGCGAAAGCCCAGCGUUCCUCAGGUGCUGGCCCUGGUGGCUCCUCCCCGGCAGGCGGCGGUGCUGCCAAAGACGCCGCCAAAGACCGGAAGCAGUUGGUCAGCCACCUCCUCAACGAGUUGUCGGCGCUGAUCCCCAACAACCCCCCCAAGAAGCUCCAAGCGUGGAUCGACAGGCAGUGCCAAGUCGAUGAUGCUCACCGCAGCGCUAUGAUGACGAUCUUCAGCAAUCACGUGUGUAAAAAUUGUUUGAUGGCAGGCAAAGGCAUCGUGAAGCACACCCUGAGGAAGUGCCGCGAGCUCAAGAACCCGUGCCUCCUCCCGUGCACCAAGUGCACGGGCGCGGGUAGGACCACCAACGUCGUGCAGUGGAUGGCAGAUUGCAAGUGCUAG